UCAAAGUACAGUAAUGGCCGAUGAUUUAGGACUGUCUGGAGCUCCGCUAGGGAUAGCAGUGGCUGUGAUUUCAAGCUUUAUUAAUGGCUCGACAUUUGUGCUUCAGAAAAAGGGGAUACUGCGGUCUCGUAGCAAAGGAUGUUCGUACCUCACAGAUGCGGUGUGGUGCAGUGGUACACUGUGUAUGAUAAUUGGCCAAAUUGGAAACUUCCUGGCAUAUAACCUGGCCCCUGCUGUGAUAGUUACACCUUUAGGGGCUCUUGGAGUGCUUUUUGGUGCUGUGCUGGCUUCUUGGAUCCUGGAGGAACAUUUAAACAUCCUCGGGAAGCUCGGAUGUGUGCUCUGUUGCAGUGGUGCGGUCUUGUUGAUUAUCCACGCCCCUAAAGAGGUGGCCGCAUCUAGAGAGGAGUUCGAAGAAAGGCUGUCAGAUCCAGUGUUUGUAACUUACAUCGUGCUCGUGGUCCUGCUUUUGAUCGCUCUGAUCGUGUGGGUCGCUCCGGCUCACGGCACAUCCAACAUCAUGGUGUACGUCGCUAUAUGUUCGCUCCUGGGAAGCUUCACCGUUCCGAGCAGCAAAGGGCUUGGCUUGGUGGCCCCUGAUGUGUUUACUGAGGGGCCGUCGAACACCAGAGCCCUGGCUCUCUUCCUUGGCCUGCUGGGGGCGCUAGCGCUCAGCAUCCUGAUCCAGUUCUUCUUCAUCAAUAAAGCCUUGGAGAGCUUCAGCUCCAACAUAUUCGAAGCUAUAUAUUACGUGACGUUCACGUCCACCGUGAUCUUUGCCUCUGCCCUCCUGUUCAAGGAGUGGACGGCACUCACGGUGAGCGACAGCCUGGCCAUGCUCUGUGGUUUAACAACGGUGUGUGUAGGAGUGAUCUUACUUAGAAUCUCCCAGGAAGCUCUGAUUACUUGGAAGGAGAAAGAGGCACGGACAAAAUCAGACUGAAACUCUGUUUGCUCUGAACUACCUCCCAUAUUAGUGACCAAAGCUACAAGAUGCAUCGGUCAGCCGUGACCUUUGACCAGAUCAAUGUGAGGAAGAAAACAGUGAGUGUGUCGUGGCAGUUUAUAAAUGAACAGAAGCUCAGAUUUGGUAUAAAAGAAAAUGACAUUCUGUGCCUAAAGGGUUUGUGUCAACAGCAGAAAUAAGGAUUCAGUUAACUCAGGGGUUGGCAAACCAAACUGCUCAAAGAGCCAUAUUGGACCAAAAAACCAAAAAAUAAAUCUGUCUGGAGCUGCAAAAAUGUAAAAGUCUUAUAUAUGCCUCGUAUGAAACUAAGUGUAUUA